CACGUGAGCGCGCUCCACCUCCCCCUGGAAGCUCGGGAGCGCGCGCGGCCUGUUCUUUGCACCCCGCCCGCUCCACCGAUACCGCCUAAUCCCCGGCGGGAAGCCCCUUGUUCGCGUCGUCCAGUGUCCCGGAGCCGGCCAGGCAGCCAGCUCCGCGUGGAUCCUCUCCAGCUCGCCAUGGCUGCUCCGGAUGUCAGCGUUCACGUGGAAGAGGUUGUGGUCGUCACCACGCCGGAUAACAUGAUGGAUGGCGGCGGUGUGGAGGAGGUGAAAGCUGUGCUGGUGACGUCCAACAGGAGCCUCGUGGACGAAGCCCUAGACUCAGAGAACGUGGCAGCCGCAGCAGCGGCAGCAUUCAGCGCAACAGAGCUAAAAGAAGCCGUUUUAGUGAAGAUGGAGGGCGAGGAGGAGGAGGAGGAGGAGGGCAUGGAGGCAGAGAUCGCCUACCCUAUAACCUGCGGUGAGAGCAAAGCCAAUCUCAUCUGGAGGAAGUUUGUGUGUCCGGGAAUCAACGUCAAGUGUGUGCAGUACAACGACCAUUUGAUCAGCCCCAAGGAGUUUGUCCACCUGGCUGGGAAAUCCACCCUGAAGGACUGGAAGCGGGCGAUCCGGAUGAACGGAGUCAUGCUCAGGAAGAUCAUGGAUUCCGGGGAGCUGGAUUUCUUUCAGCACUCGAAGGUUUGUUCCAACACGUGCCGGAGCACCAAGAUCGACCUGACGGCCAGCCGUGUGUCUCUCUGCAGCCAGAUGUCCACCGAGUAUAUCCCCAUCACUCCGGUGUCAAGCGAGAGUUUCAGCGUGAACGGGAGCCCCACGACUAUAACCAUCGAAACCUGUGAUGGUUCUGGGGACUGGACCGGCAUGAUUGGAGAUGAGACUCUGGCGUUCUGGCAAGGCUUGAGGGACACAGGGCUCCUGGGUGACGUCUUACAGGAGUUUCACCAUGAGCUCUUAGAAACGAUGAGGGGACUGAAGCAGAGACUGCAGACGCCUCCGAUCCAGUUAGAGGACGCCACGUUGCUGAAUAACAUUGUCCAGAAUUUUGGCCUGUUGGACCUGAUUAAGAAAGUUCUGGCGAGUCACAAGAGCCAAAUGGACCGUUCCAGGGAGCAGUACACGAGGGACCUGGCAGCACUCGAACAACAGUGUGAUGAACACCGGAGACGGGCCAAGGAACUGAAGCACAAAUCCCAGCACCUUAACAAUGUCCUGAUGACCCUGACGCCCGUCAGCGCUCCUCCUCCAGCCAAGCGACCGCGACUGACCAGAGCGACGUCCGGCCCUGCGACUGUCAGCUCACAGGUGGCCACCCAACCAACGCAGAUAACCCUGCCUCAGGGAAUGUCUUUAUCCCAGCUGACCAGCCUUCCUUUCACCAAAGUAAUGUCCUCCACCAGCAUCCCAACAUCCUCCACUACCUCCCUGCUGACCAAGAACUCCAACUCCCAAGCCGGCUCCCCUUCAUCCCCGGUGUUAGGGGGUUACACCAUCCUCACCCCCUCAGGGGGCAGUUACGCAGGCACCACGUUGGAGAUUCAUCCGGAUUCCUCCAACCUCACCGUCCUGAGCGCAGCCGCCAUGCAAGACAGCAACACUGUUCUAAAGAUGGUGAGCCCUAUCCAGCUCCUUACCCUCCAGGGCCUUGGUGCGACCAUACAGAACCUGGCCCAGCUAGCCCCAGCCGGCAGCACCAUCUUGGCCAUGCCCUGUGGCUCGGGGGAUGGAGAGGAUGAACAGACCACCAUAGAGGUGACUUCGCUGGCCGAGGAGCUGGAGGACAAAUAGACUCUCGGGAGCCGUGUUUCCAUGUGUCCUGGCUCAGCCGCACGGUGACAGAAUGGGGGGCGCGUGUACAGGAGAGAGGGAGCAUGUCCAGGCUGCGCUAGCUGAUGAACCAAAGCGAAGUCCUCUUUUUUUUGGGGGGGGGGGGUUUGAAGUACCUGUACUGGACAAUGCGGUUGGCCAUUCUGCCGCAAAAUGAACAGGCCGGCUAUUGGCAGCUUUGACUCCCGGCUCGGUGGGGGGGGGUCUGUGGACUUGUCCAUGUUGUCUCUUGAGUUUUCAUGACCUGUCAGUCUUAAUUUCUUACUUAAUGAACUAUAGCAGGAAAAACUAAAUCUGCAGUAUUAUCGGAACGAGACGCCUGCUUCGUGGCCACUGCUAGUAUUGGGUUUGCCAAAGUUUGUGUCUUUUUCAUUAAAAUAGAGCAGAACUCUU